AUGUGUGCAGAGGACGUUGAGAAGCUCGUGAAUGACCGACUCCGAGACUUGAAGACCGGAGGAAACUUCGAGGAUUCACUACGUAAGGAGAUGGACCAGGUGAACUCUACGCCUUUCACCCUCGAUAUCGAGCAGGCUGUUCACCCGAAGCGAUUCUCGACACCCUCGUUCAUACACUUCAAAGGGGAUUCCGAUCCCGAGAGCCACUUAAAACACUUCAAAAGUGUUAUGAUCCUCCACCAGGCUGACGACGCGCUAAUGUGCAAAGUGUUUACAAUAACCUUGCGAGGAGCAGCCCAAGACUGGUUCCACACCCUACCAUCCAGGUCGAUCAGCAGCUUCAAGGAGCUAGCUUACGCCUUCACCAAGGAAUACACCUCUUACCGGACGAUCAAGAAGAACCCUGACCACUUGUACAACCUGCGCAAGAAGUCUGACGAAUCCCUUCGAGAUUACAUCAAGAGAUUCAAGGCGGAAAAGGCGAACAUUGUAGGAUGUGACGACCGAAUCGCGUCCUCCGCUUUCAAGAAAGGUCUUCCAGCUGAGCACGACUUGUACCGCGAGCUGACUAUCACUCCCAGCCAGACUCUGGCAGAGGUCUACGCGACUGCAGAACGCUACGCGCUCUGGGAUGACGAUCGAAUCGCCGCAAAGAAGUCUACAAAGCAGGAAGAUCAGCCGACUAAACGGGCAAGCCAAAGAGGCGACAACAGGAGCAAGGACAAGCGCAGGUCGCACCUACGAGAGGAGGCUACGGCAGGAGAGAACUAUACCAAGUUCACCAUCCCCAUACAUCAAAUCUUAGCCCAAGUGAAGAACAAACCUUGGGUAAGAAGACCACCACCAUUGAAAGGAGAUCCGGACAAGAGGGACACUAGCAAAUACUGUGCCUUCCAUGGAACGCACGAACACACACGAACAAGCUGCUUCGCUUGGAAAGCGCAUCUUGAAGAACUCGUGAGAGAAGGUCACUGCACAGAAUUCAUUGCGAAGCAGGCCAUCCAACGAAUUGAAGAUCGAGACACCGCCAAAGAGCUGCCUCAGAAGGUCAUAAGGAUUAACACCAUCCUAGCCGACUCCGAGGAGUCUGGGCUGACCAGCAAGGAAAAGAAGAGGAAGAUCAAACAGGCCACUGGGAUCUCCCAAGUCUCGACCGACCUUCCACUAGCAGAGGACGAUCCUGUGAUCGGCUUCCAAAAGAAAGAUCUGAUCGGCCUCGACAUGCCACAUAACGACGCCCUUGUCAUCAGCAUUCAAAUCGCUCAGGCCAUGGUCGACCGAAUCCAUGCAGACGAGGGCAGCGCAGCCAAUAUCCUGCAACUGACGGUCAUCCAACAGAUGGGCUUGGAGACAAAGAUCAACAAAUUAGCCAGAUCGCUGACUGGCUUUAAUGGUGCAACAACGGUUACCGUAGGCACGAUAGACCUCGACGUCUACUCCCCCCUGUAA